AUGGAUCCGUUAGUCACUGUUAGCGGAUGGGCUCGCCUUCGCCCUCUGUGUCCCCCACCCCGACUGUCUCCGCCGCUCCUUCGCCCGGCCGCGGACAGCGAGCCCCACCACCUUCUCCCCACUCCCGGAUGCCUCCAAACCGUGGAGCUAGGGCUGCGGACGGCCUCCCCGGCACCUUGGGGUCUCGCGCCGGGCCCAGCGUCCCCCCCGCCCUGCGGUCCUCAGCCUCCUCCUCCAGCCCCAGUCGCAGGAGCUGUCAAGCCCGCGGCAGCUGAACCAGCCCCCGAGCUCCCGCGUCUCCUCUCCUUCCUUUGUGUGCGCGCGAGCGGAGUUGGGGCGGAGGGAGAAGGGGGAGGUCGCUCUGUCUGUCUGGCUCCUGCCGCCUUUGCCCGGGCCGCUCGAAGUGCCGCCGGCGAGGCGGGAGCCCAGGGGAGGGUGCAGGAGCUGGCAGGGCGCCUCCCGGCCGCCGGGGCGCGGUGGUCCCAGCCGCGCGCGAGCGUGCGCGGACCGCAGCCGGGGCUCCGCCGGAGGCACAAUCAGCCCGCUCGGGCCGUCCCUCGGAUCUCCCUCCGUUCCGAUCUCCCCACCGACACCCAGAGAGGAGCGUGCAAAGGCGCCGAGAGGGACGGAAACCACAAAUAAAUAGCGGCGGC